AUGGUGUCGGAGGAUCGCCGGACUCAGGCUCCCGUAGUCUCAGUCAACCUACGUCACCCUCCUCCACCAUCACGGAAGAUCUCGUGUCAAUUCGAUUCGUCUCCACCUGCUUUCGGAGACAUUGGUCGCAAGAAGGAAAAUAUGUUCUGGCUUAACAAAGAUAGGCCUCUGAUUAUCAAGGAAGGAGCUUUUGAAGAAAAGAAGAAGAUAGUUGACUGCAUUGGCAUAGGUAAACAAAAUUUAAUGGAAGAUUCAAACUCGAAGAAAGAUAACCAGAUUACUGAUUAUAUGGUUUUAGAAGAAGUCAAUAUAAAUUCUAAGGAACAUGAAGGCGUAGACAAGGCUGAUCGGUGCUCUAACCUGACCAAAGUUUGGGAAUGCAAAUCUGGAGAACUUGGGAAUUGUAUUCAAAUAAACAAUGUUAAAUGUUCAAAUCCUGUUACUGAAAAACAAGUGCUGAAUGCUUGGAAGAAGAAGAAUAAUAUCAAAGUCUCUGAACUUAAUUUCGGAGAAAAUUUUGUGAAUGAAGACGGAGCUGUUAAACUUCAUGUUGAAAAUGAAUUUGAUAAUUCAAACAGACUUAAGAAGUCUCUGGUGAUAAAGAUCUUUGGUAAUAAUAUACCUUUCAAUGUCAUUAGUAUGGAGUUAAGGAAACAAUGGUCCAGGUUCGACAAAUUUCAUUUAACUCAACUAGGACUUGGAUGGGUGCUUUGUGCCUUUGAGGAUCAAGAAUCUUUGGAGGAAAUAAUUGCUUCAGGUCCCUGGUAUGUCAAUGGCAACAUAGUGGGUAUGGACAGGUGGUCAGCAGCUUUCUCACCUACAUUAUUCAAAGGCCUCACAGCCCCAAUUUGGAUCCGGAUGCCAAAUCUUCCACUUCAAUGUUGGGAUGAAGUGAAUGUUUGUAGAAUUGCUUCCAUGGUGGGGACUCCUUACUUGAUCGAUGGUAACAUGUUCCAGUGGUCUAGAAGAGAAUUCGCAAGGGUUUGUGUGAGAAUCAAACUCGAUGAGAAGUUACCCAUGGGUGUUUGGGUUGAAGGAGAAAUUGGAAAAUUUUACCAGAACAUUAAACAUGAAAGGUUGCCAACAUUUUGCUUCAACUGUGGUAAGCUUGGUUACUUAAGGGAGGAAUGUUUGAAGAAAUCUACUUCGAUCAGGUCUAAACAAGGGAUUGAAGCUCAAACCAGUGAAGGUGAAGUUGGAGCUGGAGAUACAAGCAAAAUUACUCAAAAUCAGGCUCCUAUUGAUAAUGACAAAGGAGAUGGCUAUGGUCCUUGGAUUCAUGUGGACUACAAAGCUAAGAAGAAUCAUAAAAAAGUUACUGGGAGCAAGGAAAUAAUAAAGGCCAAUUCUAGUUUGGAGGGGAGAACAAAAGAAGCUGUUAAACCAAGCAGUACAAUUAGUACUAUUGCUGGGAAUAAUUUGUUAAAACAAAAUUCAAUUGAUUCAAGUUGUUUGAAUCAGAAAGCAGGAUAUGAGGUAACAGAAACCAAUCCUAUUGUUGAUAUCUGCUAUGCUGAAGGUGAAAUAGUUGAGGAAGGUCUACAACCAAAUGCACAUGAAGGAAUUCAGGCAGAGCCAGUUGAUGUUGUAUCUAAAGCUUGUGAAGAUACCUCUUCUACUGUUAAGAAGAGAGGAACAAAGCAGUUAAAAAACCUGGGACCUAUCAGCCUGAAGACAAGGGGUAGGAAAAAUGAAGAAGAGAGGAGCCAAGAAAAAGAGGGCUUCUCUCUACCUCAAGGAGGGUUCUUUUCGUUGGGCUAUUGGAGACUAGUUUUUAUUGAGCAUAAAGAUGUGGAAUCUUCGAUUGGCACUGGUUGGAAUUACAAUUUUGUUCCGUCCGCUGGUUUAUCUGGAGGCAUUCUUGCUCUGUGGAGAAGCAACCUAGCUAAUUUCAACAUGAUUGAGUGUUCAUCUCAAUUCAUUGUAGGUGAUUUGGAUAUCCUCAAUAAGGGGAAAAACAUAUCACCAAUGCUUAGAGUAGCUACUAUAUAUGGCAGCAAAGAUGUGUACAAUAGAAGAUUUCUUUGGAAUGGCUUGGAAAAACAUAUCACCAAUGAUUGGCCUUUGGUGAUCGGUGGAGAUUUCAAUUGUCUUUUGGCUAAAGAAGACAAGAUAGGUGGCAGGAAAUUUAACUUCUCUUUGCGGCCGAGAGAGAUGAAAUACUUUAUGACUUCUAAUGAUCUUCAUGAGCUAAAUUUCAUUGGUCCUAGAAUGACCUGGAGCAAUAAUAAGAAAGGCUAUGAUCGGAUAAUGGAAAGAUUAGAACGAAUUUUGGUCAAUUCUACUGCGAUGAACUAUAAUCAACAGAUGGUUCUUAAACAUCUACCCAGAAUUGCAUCUGAUCACUGUCCUAUCCUCCUCAAUACUUCAGUUUUUCCUUCCAAUAGUAAAAGAUCUAUCAAAUUCAAGGAUGUGUGGGCUUCGUAUCCGUCAUCCUUUGCUGUUGUGAAAAAAGCAUGGAUGAGAAGAGACUCAGGUUCUCCUGCUGAAAUUCUGAAUUAUAAAUUUAAAAGGGCUCUCAAAUCCUUAUUCUUUUCGAAUAAGACUAAGCACAAAGAGUUGAAUCAUAUGAAGGACUUGCUCAAAGAAGAAAUUCUUAUUCUUCAAACUAAAGAAUCUGAAGUUGGUAUGCUAUCCAUGGAUGAUUAUUCUCUUCUAAAAUUUAAAAUCAACGAGCUCAACUCUACUUUGGCUCGGUUAAACACGUGGUGGAGACAACGAUCCAAAGUAAAAUGGAUAGGUGAAGGAGACCAAAAUUCAAAAAAAUUUCACUCAAUGGCAAGUGCUAGAAAGAACAGCAAUCUCAUUCCUUGCAUUAAGGAUGGCAACGGGAUUAUGGUGGAAAAUCAUGACCAAAUUGAAGACGUUUUAUUACAAUACUUUAAAGACAAGUGGCAAGAUAGAAGAUGCUUACUUGAAGGUUGGCCGGAUAUUCACUCUUUUCUGGAUGAGGAUGAUAAAAGCCAGUUAAACAGAGAAUUCAUUUUUGAAGAAGUAGAAAAUGCUAUUAAAGAUACAACGGGUGGAUCUUCUCCAGGUGAAGACGGUAUCUCAUAUUCUUUUCUCAAAAUCUAUUGGCCUAUUAUUAGAAUUGAAUUCUGGGAAGCUAUGAGAAAUUUCUUUGAAACUGCUAAGAUGAAUGAGGAUUGGAAGAGAACUUUGAUUGUCCUAAUUCCCAAAAUUAACAAUCCAAAAUAUGCUUAUAAUUAUAGGCCUAUUAGCCUUUGUAACACGGUGUACAAAAUUGCUUCCAAAGUUCUUCUUAACAGAUUAAAAGGUAUUAUUUCAAAAUUAAUCUCACUUGAACAAGCUGCCUUUCUUAGAGGGAGAUCUCUUCAAGACCAUAUUUUGAUAGCUCAUGAACUUAUACAUAAGUUCAGGUUCUCUAAAGCUUCAAAAGGGCUGGUGUCUAUUAAAUUAGACAUAGAACAAGCAUAUGAUUCAAUGGGGUGGCCAACUUUUCAAAAAAUUCUUUGUUACUUUGGUUUUCCGGAUUUCUUCUCCAAGCUUAUUUUGGAAUGUGUUCAAAAUCCUGCUUUCUCUAUUUUAAUUAAUGGAAUUCCUUCCAACUGGAUCAAAGCUAGGUGUGGUUUUAGACAAGGGUGCCCCUUGUCUCCUUACCUUUUCAUUUUAUGUUCUCAGCUUCUUUCUAAUGCAAUUAUGGAAAGGGGUGAUUUUGGUGUUCGGGUUAGCAGUAACAGCCCAAGAAUUUCGCACUUAUUGUACGCUGAUGAUAUCAUCUUCUUUGCUGAAGCUAAACUAAAAAAUGUGAGAACUAUAAAAAGUAUUGUCAACAGUUACUGUGGUUGGACUGGCCAAAAGGUGAACAUAAGCAAAUCUGGUAUGCUUUUUGGGAAGCGGUCUCUAGCUUGA